AUCACGCCCAACAACGCGGGCGCCAAGAACGUGGGCAACGGCAAGGGCGAGCAGUUCAUCACGGGCGGGUGCGUCAACGACGCCGACUGCAGCUCGGGCUGCUGCGCCAACGCCAGCGGCGUCGGCGUCUGCUCGGCCGAGGCAGCGCAGUUCCAGAACGGCAAGCAGGGCUGCCACUUCGUCGACCCCAACGCGGCCGCCACCAUCGCGGCGGCGAAGGCGCAGGUGCAGAAGCAGGGCUUUUGA